UAGUCCGCCCUCUCCGGCUCCUCCUCUCAACCGCUCAAAAAUGUGUCUUCUUAUUUUGUAGCAGUUCACCCCCGAGGCUCUAUAAUAUUUAACUAUGACUGCCGACAUGGAUACCGAGGACUCGAGCGUUGCAGUCAUCAUCAAGAGGCGACUUACACCUCUCAUACAGGUUGAGGUAGAGCCAGUUGGCAGGUGGUUCCAUGCAUAUGAAGCUCGGAGGCUGCGUGGCCACCUCAUCUCCUCUGCUGGGGAGAGCGAGGAAGAAAGUGAAGGAGAGGAAGGCCCUGAAGUGGAGAUUGAGGAUGAUAUUCAGUAUCUCAGAUCACUCAACCCUGCUGAUUGGAAGGAUCAAGAUCACUAUUCUGUGUUGGGACUGAAGAAGUAUCGGUACAAGGUAUCAGAUGAUGAUAUAAAGAGAGCUUAUCGUAUGAUGGUGCUUCGGCACCACCCUGAUAAAAGAAGAGGGGCUGGGGAAGAGAUUCGUGAAGAUGAUGACUAUUUCACCUGUAUUACUAAAGCCAAUGAGAUUUUGGGAGAUCCAAUUAAGCGUCGUUCAUGGGACUCUGUUGAUCCAGAGUUUGAUGAUGAUGUUCCUGUAGUAAAUGCUUACAAUAAAGCUCAUUUCUUCGAGGUAUUUACUCCGGUACUGGAACGCAAUGCUCGAUGGUCAACAAGAAAACAUGUUCCUGGCCUUGGAAAGCCUGAUGACCCAAAGCAGAAAGUGGACAGGUUCUAUGCCUUUUGGUAUGAUUUUGAGUCUUGGCGCGAGUUUUCUUACUUGGAUGAAGAAGAGAAGGAAAAAGGGCAAGACCGAGAAGAACGUCGUUGGAUUGAGAAACAAAACAAAGUAGAACGAGCUCGAAGACGAAAAGAGGAGAUGGCACGACUAAGACGAUUGGUUGAUAAUACCUAUGCUUGUGAUCCCAGAAUUUCAAAAUUUAAGGAGGAAGAGAAGGAGAGAAGACUGGCGUACAAAAAGGCUAAGGCAGAUGCAAUCAGACAAAAGAUGGAAGAGGAGGAGAGGAUAAGACGAGAAGCUGAAGAAGCAGAAAGAAAGAAAAGGGAAGUUGAAGAAGCUGAACAAAGAGCAAGGCAGGAAAUAGAGAAGAAAGAGCGAGAGGCAUUGAAAAAGGCAUUCAAAAAAGAACGCAAGAGUUUACGCACACUUUGCAAGGACAAUAAUUAUUAUAGCAAUGAAGAAAGUGAACGGGUGCAGGUGAUGACAGAUGUGGAGCUGCUGUGUGAGGCUCUAGAACUUGUCAAAAUUGAAGAGCUCAACAAGAAACUUUCUCAGGCUGGCAAAGAUCAGACUAAAGGCAGAGGAGUUCUAAUGAAGGAGGUAACAGAAGUUCGCAAUCGCAUUAAACGUGAGAGAGAGGAAGUAUCAGUGGCAGCUUCUAGAGGUGGCAGUGGAAGUGGUGGUGAAGGCUCCUCACACAAAAGCUGGUGUCAGGAUGAUCUCCAGCUUCUCAUCAAGGCCGUAAAUCUCUUUCCAGCUGGUACAACAAAGCGGUGGGACGUUGUUGCCGAGUACAUCAACCAGCACACUACCACUACAGGCAUAGUACGACAUGCUAAAGAGGUUCUCAGUAAGGCCAAAGAGCUGCAACACUCGGACCAACAUAUGCGUGAAGCUGCCAAUAAAAAUGCUUACCACAGUAUGGAGAAGUCUCAGGGUAAACCAACAAUAAGCGAUGCUACGGCCUCACAGAGGUUUGACACACCACAGGAGAUGUUAGGCAUGAAUACUAUGGCUUGGGGUGCAGAGGAACAACGUUUGUUGGAACAAGCUUUGAAGACAUAUCCAGUUUCCACGCAAGACCGCUGGGACCGCAUUGCCGAAUGUGUCCCCAACCGUACUAAGAAAGACUGCAUGAGACGAUACAAGGAGCUUGUGGAGAUGGUGAAAGCAAAGAAGGCUGCUCAAGCUGCUGCUGCUGCCAAGAAAUAGAAAGUUAUCCUCGUGUUUAUAUGCAGUACAGUAUGUUACACUUCAUUUUGACUGGUUGCCAGAAAUUUGCACAUCCAGAAGUGACUAUUGCAGUUGUGUAAAUGUACAUAUGUCUUCAGUGUAAAAAAAAAAAAUUAGAAUUAUACUGCAAUACAUCUUUUCCACCAAAUUGAAUGUUGUCUUUAGUUUCUCUAUAAAUCUCAUAUCUCCUUGAAGAUACCUGACAUUGCCCUUUUUAUAUAUAUAUAAUAUAUAUAUAUAUAUAUAUAUAUAUAUAUAUAUAUAUUUAAAUAUAUUAAAAUGUGUGCAUGUGCCCUUCCCAUCGUCCUCCCCUCAGCCCUUCCCAUAUAAUUUAUAUUAUAUACUGUAUAUAAAUUAUAUAUAUAUACAGUAUAAAAUUAUGUAUAAUUUAUAUGAAAGUUAUUUAAAUGAGCAUAUAGGAUUGUUUACAUGUCAGUCCAUUAAUGCGAGUUGUGUAUGCAACAUGCUAUGGUCAAUGUUUUAAAUGGCUGUAGAGUGCAAAAUACUACUGUAUAUUUGUAACUUCACAGUUAGGAUCGUGAUCUCAAUGUAAUUUUGAAAAUAAUAAUGCUUCCUAGGCCAUAUAAAUGAAUUAUUAAUUAUUUCUUUACCGUUGUAUGAUGAUAUUCCUGGCUUGAAGCAAAGAUAAAAUAUCAUUGGCCAUUUGUAACUUUGUUGAAGAUGAGGUGUUGGACAAAAUACCUGAUAUUAUUUUGUAUUUUGUAUCUAGAAGCUUAUUGCCCAAUGACAUUUAACAAAGAAAUUGUUUAAAGUAAUAUUAGCAAUAGCUAAAGCAGUUUAAGUAUAAUUUUGGUGAAAAAAUCACAGCAAUACCAUAGUAUUUUUUCAGAAAUACUGUAUAAUACUUGACAGUCUGGGGGGACAGGAACAAUUAAUUUAAAUUAGAAGGAACUUUUAUGCCAUAUUUCAAGGCAGUACUUAAAAUUUUGUUUUGGUUUGGUUCCCCUGUGACCUUAAUCUAAACUUUAUUCAUUGGUAACAUUUCAUUUGUAGAUUUUACAAAUUGUGGUUUUUCACAAAGUGCCACUGUGUCAUUGCCAAUGUGCAUCUCUUAAUAUUUAUAACAAAUUAAGUAAAAAGGUUUACAAUUUAUGGAAAAGCAUUGUGAGUUACUUUAAUUGUGAAGCAGUAGAGGACAAUUUGUGUGCAUCCUGCAGGGUGUCUGGAAAUAGUAACUGCCUUUCUUUCUUUAAUGAAUUUCCUCUGAAACAAUAUUUUUCGGGUACAUAUUGAGUCUCGCUACAGUACAUAGACAAAGUGUACGUACAAGUGAUAUAUAUAUAUAUAUAUAUAACCAUUGUAAUUAUUCCAAUUCACUUGACAGUGGUUGCAUGUGUGUGGGUGUGUGACAGUUUUGCCAGAGCUGUGCUUUGUGUAUUGCAAGAAUACUUGCAGGCUGGUACACAGUGAUAUCAAUUUAUAGUUAGUUUGAAUGUAAACCCUUUCCAUAUGGUGAAAUCUAUCUGUAAUGAUUUUGCUUACAUUUUUGUUGCCUGAGACCUUGCAUAACAAUAUUGAGGAAAAAUAUUUGUAGUGAACUGGGGGAAAGAGAACUGGGGGUAGUGAAUAAUGACUUUUUCCUCAUAUGAUAAUGUCCAACUGUGAUUUUUGACUUUUAAAAGAUAGUUAAUAAACAGGAUUGUGUUUUCAUUACUGAGAUCAGAUUUUAGUAAUUGUUUACAUAAUAAAAUCAUAAAUUUCA